AUGCUGCUGCUGUCAAUUGUUUCGUUUCUGUUUGCGCUGAAUGUGACGAGUGCUGCGUCCUCGAACUACGCACCGUUUGCCAUCAACCUCCCCGCUUUCUCGAAGGAGUGUUUGUACCACGAAUUGCUGUCCGAUGACGACUCGCUCGUCGUUGGGUACCAAGUUCUCACCGGUGGGAACUUCGAGGUUGACUUCACGAUCAACUCUCCAGACGGGACCGAGAUUGUCAACGAGAAGCAGAAGAAGUACUCGGACUUUGUGCUGAAGUCGUUUGGUGUUGGUGAGUACAAGUUUUGCUUUGCGAACUCGUACGGGACUGCGUUGAAGAAGGUUGAGGUGACCCUCGAGUUGGAGGAAACGCUGAACCACGAGAACGACAACGCGGAAGACAUCUUCGCGAACAACGCGAUCGCAGAGAUCGACCGUAACCUUAACAAGGUCACGAAAGUGCUCAACUACCUCCGCGCGAGAGAGUGGAGGAACAUGUCCACGGUGACGUCCACAGAGUCCCGCCUGAAGUGGCUCUCCCUCCUCGUCAUGCUUAUCAUGGUCGGCAUCAGCGUCUUGCAGGCCAUCAUCAUCCAGCUGUUCUUCAAGAACCGCCAGAAGAACUACGUCUAA